GCUUCGUGACGAAAUCGAAAGCGAGUAAUUCCGAUGAUCAAGAUAAAUUUUUCAACAUGGCGGCCGACAAGGCGUGGAAAAAUUUAACUUUUCUUGGUUAUUUGUUUAUAUUCUUGUUUUGCCAUGUUUAUAGUGCCACUCCUGACUUGUCUAAAGCAUUCUCAUCAAAGCACACCAACAACUGGGCUGUUAUAGUUUGUACCUCACGAUUUUGGUUCAACUAUCGCCAUGUUGCUAAUAGCUUGGCAAUAUAUAGGAGUGUUAAACAAUUGGGAAUUCCAGAUAGUCACAUUAUUUUGAUGUUAGCAGAUGACAUGGCUUGCAAUGCUAGAAAUCCCAGGCCAGGGACUGUGUUUAGCAAUUCAAAUCAACAAACAAAUGUUUAUGGUGAUGAUGUUGAAGUUGAUUACAGGGGGUAUGAAGUCACUGUGGAAAACUUCAUCCGAGUUAUCACAGGGCGUUUGCCAGCAAGUGUUCCACGGUCCAAAAGGUUACUUUCUGAUGAUAGAAGUAAUAUUCUAGUAUAUAUGACUGGUCAUGGUGGUGAUGGAUUCUUAAAAUUUCAAGAUUCAGAAGAAAUAUCAAACAUUGAGUUGGCAGAUGCCUUUGAACAGAUGUGGCAAAAAGAAAGGUACCAUGAGAUAUUCUUCAUGGUUGACACAUGCCAAGCAGGAUCGAUGCAUCAACAAUUUUACUCCCCAAAUAUUCUUGCUGUUGGAAGCAGUAAAGUUGGAGAAGAUUCUUUGUCUCAUCAUAGUGAUCCAGAGAUAGGUGUGUAUGUUGUUGACCGAUACACAUAUUAUGUUCUACAAUUCUUGGAGCAAGUUGAGCCUAACAGUAGAGCAACCAUUGGCCAGUUGUUUCAGUAUUGUACACCAAGAUUAGUCCAGUCUACUCCCAGUACAAGAAUAGAUCUGUUCCCAAGAGAAAUCCAAGAGGUUCUUGUGACAGAUUUCUUUGGUAGUGUUCGCAAUAUUGAGCUAUCCAAUUCAACCAAACUUGUAAUUCACGCGGAAAACAGCCAUUUUGGAAAUCAGGACGCCUUGCAAAAACAGAGAUCAUUGCGUUCUUUAGACAGUUUUCCAUUGACACCUAAGGUUGUUUCAGAACAUUUUACCCUCAGGUUUUCACUGACAUUCUACUGUCUGUUGAUACUCCUACUUGGUACCUGUGUUGGCACACUAGGAAGAUCUGUUGGAUUGCUAUGAUAAUUUCAGACAUUAGCUAUAUAUGCGCCAUUUAUGCAAGCGAUAUUGAUAAAAAGCUUCGGCCGCGAACGAUUUCCAAAAACGGUUAAUUCACAACAGGGUGAGGCCGUGGCUUGUUUAAUAGCUUUUAGCCUUGGACAAGGCCUCUGGAGUAUUUGCAUUUUUCUUAUAAUUGGGUAUCAAGAUUCAGGCAUUGUUGGCGUAAUAAUUUACCCAACAUUUGACGUUUUGUGAAUAUAUUUAUAGUUAUCAUAAAAGUAGAAAUAUAAUUUAAAUAAUGUGUAAAAGAGAUGUCUGUUGAAUUUCUAGAAUUAGCACGAGGAACCAAAGUUAAAGUUCCAACUUCCAAGUGACUCAAUGAACAUAUAUUUGCAUUUUUUGACCCUGUAUGCAUGGGUUGAGAUUUGACCUCCACUACUUUCGAGGGAACAUAAACCAAUCAAAUAACGAUAGGUCUAUCAGAUCAACCAGCAAAAUCUGAACU